UGGCUCCAGUUCCCGAAGGAUUCCCACGGUCCCGUACGGACGCUUUUUAAUGCAACACUCCAGUGUUUUAAUUCAUCAUAAUAUCACUACUCAAGCAGUCAAGAAAUAAAUAUCAAGUUGUUUCUUGCUACACGACUUCAUCCCCUGCUCGAAUAAGAAUAUAGAGGAAAACAUACACAGCCCCCAUCUUUUCUCCUCGUGAAAAACCGCGGCACCAAAAGAUGUACUCGGCGCUGUCCAGAAGUUGCAGAGGUCAGGGCUGCUCCGGGACCAGCAGCCUGUCGGUGGUGCGCGAUGUGUCGACGGCACUAGUCGUGGCGCUCGGGGCGGGGCAGAUUCAGCUUGCCCGAGCCGAGUUCGAGAGCAGCAGCGGGACGGCGGGCGAUGCGUCGCAGCAAGAAAAUGCGCCGCGGCGCCAACUCAUGGAAACGGGGCUAGUUGUCGUGCUCGUUAUUCUCGGUCUCGCACUUGCAGGAGGCGCGGCCUUCUACUACUACAAGUUUGUGUACCUCUACGCAAGAGAAAAAAAAAUGCGUUGUUGUGGGUGUGGUCUACAACUUUGAGUGGCAGCAUGUCAGCACAAAUUUGUUCUGCGUGACAGAGAAAGACUGUACGUAGUCCUGCACAGGUACUAGACACAUAUGAGAAGUAGAGGACUUUAUUUCAAGACGGUGUUGGCAAACAUGAGAACUGUAUCUGCGAUGUUGCGUGCUACUUACUUUGCAUUUCAUAGACUUACGGUUACGCAUGUUUUUUUCUUCCAUAACCUCCCGAACCAGUGGUGGGGACACGACGAAUGGGGCGGGGGCCAGGGAUAUGGGGGCGACGAAUGGGGAGGCGAUGAGUGGCACGACGAUGGGUACGGCUACGAGGAAGACUGGGGCGAGGACCCGUACGCGGCCCCCGCUCCGCCCGCGCCUGCUCCCGUGGUGCCGACCCCCGCCCAGAGCCGGGAGCGAGGCAAGGGCGUCAAGGGCAUGGCGCCCGCGGGCACGGUCGUACGGAUGGAGUACAUAUCAAAUGUAAAAAUGUCUGGGUCUGGAAGAGUCCGAAUUUGUUAUGCUGUUUUUGCAUGACACAGAAUGUCUGUCAUGGAAGCCCUAGCAUCACAGAUUUUUAGAGGCCUUCCUGAUGCCCAUUCCGCAUGACAAAUGCCCUCCGCGCGUAGCACAAACCGGAGUCCUCUUGCUGGUCAUGCAAUACAGAAGUUUGUAGAGUCCAAGGUUGGCAUAACAAGUUCCAACCUUCCAGACCCAGACAUUUUUGCAGUCCAUAGUACAAGGGUUCCUCGACGUCCUGGAAGGGCAAAAAGGGAACCAAGGGAAAGCAAGAAACCAUGCGGGCGGGCCAGCAGAAGGGGGCGCACACCUGGGCGACCUGAGCCCGGAAGUGGAGACGAGUUGCACAACUCGACGAAAAAGGUGGUCUGAAUUUUUAUACGCGGUAAAACGAAUACGACACUUCAAAAAUAUUUCUUGGUAGGUGAAGCUGGACUCCGCUCCAGAGAAGGAGAAGAAGCACCGCAUUAUGUCGAGCAGUAUCUAGGACCUGAAGCAGAAUUACACUUUACCGGAGUUUUUCUUUCAUUGCUAACAGCCUAGUAUCAUCCCUAGAAUUUUUUUCACAGUAUGCACAGUAUGUGAGUUUCAUCAGUUUGUUACAACUACUUCACUUUUAAGACUAGUUCACUUCUGUUUUUUUUUUCUUUUCUCAUUUUUCGUCAUUUUCUUUUGGAUAAUUGUGAUUCAUACAACCACAACGUUCAAGUAAGUACAGUAUUUUCCAAAAACCAUUUUCAUCUAGCCCAAAAUCCCCCGUCAUGCCAAUUUAGCCGUAACCCAAAAUCCGACAUCAAAAAACUUGUUGCUUCCUACUUUUGUUGACACUACUAGUAGCGUUCAUCAUACGAGGAGGGAUUUAUUUUCAUCGCGCUAGGUGGUGCAGCUCACUCUGCCUCCCAGAGCUUGAGGAUUUUUUUGGAAGUCACAUGUUUGAAUUGAUUUUUUUCUUUUGUAAUUACUCCCCCCACGACCCCUUAAAGAGAAAAGAGCCAAAGAGCCUGAUACGCACUUGCUACGUCCGACCGAACAGAUAGGCUUUGCUUUUUUCCACCCGUUCCUUCCCUAAUUAUCAGCCCCCAUCUUCCAGCAACAUAAAGGUCCAGAGAAUUCACCAGGCGGAGGUACUUUCGGGAGUCUGCUGUUUGAAGCCUCCCAGAAGAUCGGCGCUGUGUUUGGUUUCGUUCAGCUUCGACGCGAUACAAAAAUCGUACUACGUUUCUGCUGCCACAACAUCGCUCUCGACGUCGCAUGGCGCUACCACUCAAUUAAUACGUUCACAUGAAUACAAAUUUGGCUCGUGUAGUGCGACAUCUCAAAACCUAAAUCGUGCGUUGUGUCACUUACUUUCGUGCGUUUCAUUCGUAGCAGC